AUGACUGCUGAGAAUAGUUUCGCUUUGUUUUCGACGGCGGUGGGUGGAGGAAGCGGCGGCGGGGAGAGAGGGAUCGUUGUGGAGAAGCUGGAUCCGUUCAUGGACGGUGACUUUGUGGGUCGGUACCGCCGUCGGGGUGGCAGGGGAGGAUCGAGUGUUUACUCCAAUUGGAGUCUGGAGCUUCGAUUUUAUUCUAGGCGGAGCACAUCUCAUCCUCCUGGUGAUGUAGCGGAGGGACUGGAGAUGGAGAACAAUGGAGAUUUUUUUGAAUUCGAGAAGAAGGGAGGAAGUGGAUUUAGACCCCAAACAGAGAGGAGGAAGUGGAGCCGAUCCAUCUUUGGGGAUUUUGGGAUUUUUUUAAUUUUUCAUUAUUAA